AUGCUAGAUGUGGACGCAUCAAACCAUUCAGUAGGAGCGACAUUACGAGACGCAGAUGGGUCCGUUAUUUCGCGUACUUUUUGUGAGCUUCCAAAGCAGCUAAAAGAGGGAUCCAAUGCAUUACAGUACGGAGGUAUAAGUGGUGUUUUGAAGUAUUGUGAUAUCGAUACGGAACAGGGAUCACAGGGUGCAGCAUUUCGCAGUGCCGUGUACCAGGAGCACCUCUUAUACCAGGAGCAUGUGAUCUCUGUAUAUAUGGGAUCCAAAAUGAGGAGUCAUCCUCCAGGCUAUUGCGUAAGCCCUCCACGAUUCAAGGAAGCUGCAGCCUUGGGGAUCAAAGCAGAGCAGUUGGGACUUAUGCACAUCAGCAACGUCAUUAUAGAUGCAAUCAAUUCGGACAGAGCACCGUCAACUGUCGGAGUUUACAUAUACGAAAUGGAAAAAUUUCAAAAAUGGAGAAGCGGUCCGUAUAUGCGUAAUAUACCUACGCCAAGCUAG